AUGUUUAUCAUAAUUAUUCUUUUUAGCACUUCAACAACAUCAGCAUCAACCACAUCGAUAUCAACGACUAGUACUACUUCAAUAACAUCAGCAUCAACCACAUCGACUAAAACACUCCGACGAAGAUUUUGGCGUCGUGAAGAAGAUUUGGGUCAACAAUACCGGAGUCAAUAUGAGCAUGAUUCAGCUAUAAACAGCAUAGAAAUUGCAGAUAUGUCCAUGAAAGAUUAUCGACGACAAUAUAUCAAUGAAAGUUCAUGGUUACCGAUGCGAAGCUUUUCUCCUGAAGAAUCAUUUUUUUACAGUUCACCGCCACCAUCCGAUUUUGGUUCAUCAGCAGCGACACGGACAACAUUAAUGUCAUCGUUAUCAGACAGUAUCUUGCCGAGUGUAGAUAUUCCUAUACAAACGGCACGCCCUCUACGACUACCAUAUCUGACAAGUGGUGGCUCCAUUCUUGUACGAGCUUACAUUGAUCAAGAAACAAAAGGAGAUACUUUUGGUCAUUAA